GUCUACUAGUUUUGCACCUAUAAAUUGAGCCAGGCCUGGGGGCCAUUCUUCCACCGCCAUCCUACUACUGCUUAGCUCAGUUUGCUUAGUUUGCGGUUCCCAGCUUGAUCAGUUAACUAAGCAUAUUUACUUGACGACCCAAAUGGCAAGCGUUAAAGCACUCGUGCAAUCUCAAGACCUCAAAUCCCUCCCUUCUGAUUAUGCUCACUUCAAAGACAGCCAAAAAUCCAUUGUUGCAGGCCCUGAAGUUUCGCUUCCCGUGAUUGAUUUUUCUUUGCUCAGCUCAACCAAUCCUGAUGAACGUGCCAAAGUCAUCGAGGACCUCGGAAAAGCCUGCGAGGAAUGGGGCUUCUUCAUGGUGGUAAACCAUGGCAUACCGGAAAACCUAAUCAACUCAUUGUUUAACGUGUGUAAUGAGUUUUUCGACAUGCCGGAGGAGGAGAAGCUCAAGUUCGAAACCACAAAUCCCCUGUAUCCGGUCAUGGUCAGGUCCGGCAGUACAAUUCACGAUAAAUCCAACCAAACAGUCCUCUUCUGGAGAGAUUAUCUAAGGUUCUUUGUGCAUCCGGAGUUUUACUACCCGGAUAAACCCCAAGACUUCAGGGAUCUUAUAUCGGAGUAUUCUCAGAGAACCAGAGAUUUGGCAUGGAAAUUACUGCAGGGAAUAUCACAGAGCUUGGGCAUGGAAGAAGACUACAUCCAGAAAGCCAUGGACUUGGACCACAGUACCCAAAUCUUCGCAGCAAAUUACUACCCACCCUGUCCUCAACCUGAAUUGGCAAUAGGCAUUCCUCCUCAUACGGAUCAUGGCCUCCUCACCUUUCUCCUGCAAAAUGGAGUUGGAGGCCUCGAGAUCCAACACGAAGGCCAGUGGUUCCACGUUAAUGCCCUUCCCAACUCCAUUUUCGUCAACACUGCCGAUCAACUCGAGGUUUUGAGCAAUGGGAAGUACAAGAGUGUGUGGCACAGAGCAGUGGUGAAUAACGAAAAGACCAGAAUUACGUUGGUGGUGCCGAAUGGUCCAUCACCUGAUACAAUUGUUACCCCAGCCGCACCGCUGCUGCGCGAAGCUCCGGCUGCAUACGGUCCGAUGAAGUACAUGGAAUACGUGAAUGUACAGCGUGUGACCAGACUUCACGAGAAGCCCCUCUUGGAUCGACUCAAGCUGCACUAGUUUGUUCUUCCUCCUGUCGUCCUGCUACCUUUCUUCCACCAUUCUUUCCACCUUGUUACUGCAUUUGUUACAUUUGUAAACGAGGCGGGAGAUAUUGGACGCUAGCUGACGAGCUCCUCCUCCUCCUCCACUUACUAAAACUCACUGGAGGAAAAACAUAGAUGUAUUUCUUUUUUUUUUCCUCGUACGACAGUGAGUGAUAAAUAAGUACUAUUGGACUUGUACUACUGUGUUUUUGUGAAAGAGUUUUUCGUCCACUUGGAUUC